AGUGACCCACCCAGCCUAGAGGAGAGGCUCUUAAUUCUGGCCAAUCAGAAGACGCCCUUGUUCUGAUCCAGUACAAAAGGUGCCGCCACACCUCCCGAGUGAAGGAUAGGCUUGUGAAAGUGGUGUUCGUUUGGGGCAAAGAUGAAUGGCAUGCUGGAGACCCAGAUACCAUCUCAAAUGUGGAGUGAAAAAAUAAACCAGGCUAAUAAAGCUGCCCUUCUGACUUGGGUGAAAGAGACUGGAAUCCAGUUAGUGCAGGUCAAUGGGCAGAGAAAAUAUGGUGGUCCUCCACCAGGAUGGGCUGGCUAUGCCCCACCAUCCGGUUCAGAGGUUUUUAUAGGAAAAAUCCCCCAGGAUAUCUAUGAGGAUAAACUUAUUCCUCUCUUCCAAAACGUGGGGAAACUUUAUGAAUUUCGUCUCAUGAUGACAUUUAGUGGGCUUAACCGUGGCUUUGCCUAUGCUAAAUAUAUGAACCGUCGAAAUGCCCAGGAAGCAAUUGCUUUACUCAACAACUUCGAAAUCCAGUCUGGCUCCCCCAUUUUGGUUUGUAGAAGCACCGAGAAGUGUGAGCUCUGCAUUGAUGGUUUGGCACCCUCGCUGAAAGAGUGCCACCUUCUGCCAAUGCUGCAGGAACUUACCUCAGGACUCCAAAGCAUCUCCUUACAUGCUAGCCCUUUCAGGAAGAAGAGGCAGCUGGCAGAGGUGAAAUACAUUUCCCAUCAGGCUGCUGCAAUAGCCAAGAAAAAUCUUGUGGAAGGUAGCUUGUGUCUCUGUGGAGAUCAAAUUGAAGUGGCUUGGCUAACACCUAUUAUUAAACAGGAGCUCCAUAAUGUCUCAGUUCCAGGUAAUCUAAAGGCCCUGCCAUCCAGCUGGAGUCACAGAAGUGUCCUUCCUCAAGUAUCUUCCAGGCCUAUAGACUGCCAAAUGCUACCAACAAGAGCCAGUGUAUUGGAUUAUUUAAAACUGCAGUGUGAGCUGCAUCAGCUGGGUUCUCCUGUAAUCUUUACAAAGUGUGUGCAGAGGAAUCCUGAAGACUGGCUGCAGUUCUGGUAUCAAGUGGUGAUACCAAAAUAUCCAUCACCCUUCAGUGGGUUCAUUUGGAUCAAGCCUGAUCCCUCUGGCUUGGAAGACCAUGAAAAAGUGAAGUAUUUUGUGGCCUUGCAGCUACUUAAAGUCCUAGCAGGGUACCCUGUGAUGUAAAAAAGAAUCACUCUUCAAAUUAAUGAGGCUUGUAUGUCUUGCUGUUUUAAUUGGUUUCGCUGAGCCAAGUCAUAUGGAAAAUGUGUACUGGAUCUCUUUUGUCUUAUUUUUUGUGGGAGGAUUUGAGAAUUGUUUUUUGUUCUGGUUUUCAUGUUGAUAGGAAGAUUAGAAUUUUCAGUGCACUAAAUUAUUUAAUAGUUACUUUGGGAGCAGUCUAUGCAGUUUUAGAAAAAAAGACAAGCUGUUGGUUACUGGAUAAUAUAAUGUGGGUGUAGUCUGUACAAUAUUUAAAAUCCAGCAAUGACCAAUUUCCUUUAAGAUUGUGGGUUAUUUUUCUUUUAUGUUCAAGUAUUUUCAUUUAUAUUUUACUAUUUGAAUAUGUUUUCAUUUCUGACAGUUUGAAUUUACAUUACAGCCAGAUGCCUUAGGAGAAGAGCAGCUUGGAGAUAUCAUAGUACUGAAUGUUGUUAGUGCUUGCUGGGUAGGAAAAAUCCUUUUUUCUAUGAAAGGAAGAAUGUAUCUGUAAUACUUAACCUUUCCAAUAUUGGAAGCCAGUUUGCACUGCACAGGGAGGCCUUGUUCUGACACCUUUGAAAUGCAACACUAAAGCAGAUGCUGCAUUAACAGAGGAAGCUUAUUCCACAUGGAAAAUAGUAAAGGGGAUCUAAGGGGGGAAAUGUAUGUCUUUUGCUGCUCUGCAUGUUUCAGUGCUGGAAUUGAUAUGUAGGGCAUAUCUAUAUUAAAAAAGUUUUGACAAAUGUGUAGUCCCUUUCUGAAAUAAUGACUUGCUUUAUUGAUAACAAUUAAAGAUUUCAUUGUGAAAUUUA